AUGACGCGGUACAAAUGGUUGCUGCCUCUUGUGGUCGUUUUUCUGACGACGGUACAGGCGGGAUUCCUGGAAAACAUACUGAAUCUCUUACCCCUUGUGACGGGGGGCGCAAAGUUUCUCCAAGAAUCGAUCGAGUUCUCCAACAGAGAGGUACCGAACCGAACGCCGCGUCACUUGGAGACGUACGACUACAUCGUCAUCGGGGCCGGCAGUGCCGGCGCCGUCCUGGCCUCGAGGCUCACCGAGAACAAGCUCAACCGAGUUCUGUUGCUCGAGGCCGGCUCGAACGAGGCGCUUCUCUACGACAUUCCCCUGCUGGCUCUUCACCAGUGGUACCAGAAAGACAUUUAUUGGCAUCACUACACGGAACCGUCGAAUUUGCACUGCACCGGUCGCGUUGGAAAGAAAUGUCUGCUGCCAAUGGGCAAGGUCAUGGGUGGAAGCAGCGUCAUGAACUUCAUGAUCGCAGUAAGAGGUAAUAAAGCCGACUACGAUAGUUGGGCCGAGGAGACGGGAGAUUAUAGCUGGUCCUACGAGAAUAUGUUGCGAUACUUUAAAAAGUUGGAAACCAACGACGUGAAACUGGACCCAAUCGAUAAGAAGUACCACAACUUCAAUGGGCCAGUGAGAAUCGCCAAUCCCAAGUAUCACUCGCCACUGGCCGACGCUUUCGUCGAGGCGGGAAUGGAAAUGGGUUACGCGCCAACGGAUUACAACGGCGAGCAGCAAAUUGGCUUCAACUACAUCCAAGCGAAUCAAAUCAACGGCGAGCGAAUGAGCGUCAAUCGGGCAUACCUGCAUCCGAUUCGAAAUCGUAAAAAUCUGGUCGUCAGUAUGGACAGCCGAGUGACCAAGAUCUUGAUAAAUCCGGUGAAUAAACAAGCCUACGGCGUCGAGUUCGUCAAGCAGAACGCAUUGGGCCAGAAAGUAAGGAUGCAAGUACUCGCGAGGAAAGAAGUCAUAUUGUCGGCCGGUGCCUUGAACUCGGCGCAGCUCCUCAUGCUGUCCGGUAUCGGACCAGCGGAACAUCUUCGUAGUCACAAUAUUCCGGUGAUACAAGAUCUGCCAGUCGGCAAGAAAUUCAUCGAUCACGUCGUUUACGGAGGUCUGACUUUCCUCGUCGACGAGGAAGUCGGCACGAACGUGCAAUCUAUCGUGUCAAUCAUGAAGAACCCAGCCAUUGGUCAAUACAUAAACGAUCGCGAGGGACCUCUGACCGAGAUCGGCUCGGUAGAGGGCAUUGGUUUCGUCGAUACCGACAAUUUGCUCAAGACAAAUGUGCCACCCAAUUUGGAACUGCUGUUCUGCAGCACCCAUUUGGGAAUCAAUCCGUCGCUCCAAAAACCGUUUGGCUGGACCAACAGGCAUUAUCAGCAAUCGUUCGGCAAUCUGACGGGCCAGAACGGCUGGCUGAUCUGGCCCCUGGUGCUGCAACCCAAGAGUCGCGGCAGAAUCGAGCUGAGGAGCGCCGAUCCGUUCGACCUGCCCAAGAUCCACGCCGGCUACUUCACGCAUCCGGACGACGUCAAGCUGACCAUCAAGGGCAUCAGGAUCGCCAUGGAGGUGGCCCAGACGGACGCCAUGCAGCAGUACGGCUCGAGGCUCUACGAUCCCGGUGUGCCCGGCUGCGAGAGGUAUCCCUGGAAUUCCGACGGCUACUGGGAGUGCGCCAUCAGGACCUACUCCAUAACGCUGUGGCACUAUGCUGGCACGGCCAAGAUGGGUCGCGAAGACGAUCCCACCGCCGUCGUCAAUAACAAACUCUUGGUUAAAGGCAUCAAGGGAUUGAGAGUGGUGGAUUCAGGCGUUAUGCCGAUGGUACCUAGAGCUCACACCAACAUUCCAGUUAUAGCCCUAGCUGAAAAAGCAGCGGAUAUGAUAAAGCUAGAUUGGGCAUCUCGUAUUUGA